CCAAGCUACCCGAUCCACAGUCACGACACUUGUUGAAACAAACCAUGAUCUAAACCACUCCGCCAUGAGAUGCGCAUAUGCAUUUGUCUCCCACUCUCCACUACCCGAAGAAUCACGCCCGAAAUCCCAUUCAGAAAAAAGUACGAACAGCUUUAUAUAAUAGCAGCAGCAUCAGCGGGGAAACUUCCAUGUGCGAUCACGCUUGAACAGAGCCCCGGGGGGAACCAAUUGUCGAUUCAAAAUUCAAAAGCUUUACAACUUUUUCCAGGUUAUUUUUUGACAAAAAUCAUUAGGUAUCAGAUCCGCCAUUCUAGCUUUAUGUCACGUACAAAUUAACGUUCGAACUCCAACACAAUGCUUCAGGGGCUCUCUUCGUCUUCGCAUCGAGGGAAUUAGGUUGAUGGGAGGUGGGAGUUCAAAAGGGGGAAGUUGGAGGCAAGCUUCAUCUCUCCGUUCGAAUUCUUCUUCACGGAGUGGAUAUCAAUUCCCUUACGAGAGUCAGAGCUAUUCGCCCCAACAAUCAUAUUCGUCGCAGCAGUACCAUCCUCCUUCACAAGAAUAUGGCUCACAAGACUAUGGUGGUGGUCAGGCCUCUAAUAAUAGCAGUAAUCAGGAGAGUAGGUUUUCGAGAAUCGCCGAUAAUUACAAUUCCUUGGAGCAGGUGACUGAAGCUCUUGCACGUGCUGGCCUUGAGUCUUCCAAUCUUAUUGUUGGUAUUGAUUUCACAAAGAGCAACGAGUGGACAGGUGCAAAGUCAUUUAACAGGCGGAGUUUGCAUCACAUAGGAGAUGGUCUAAAUCCCUAUCAACAAGCAAUAUCCAUUAUUGGGAAGACCCUGGCUGCAUUUGAUGAGGACAACUUGAUUCCAUGUUUUGGAUUUGGAGAUGCGUCAACACACGAUAAAGAUGUCUUCAGUUUCUAUUCAGACGAGAGAUUUUGUAAUGGCUUUGAGGAAGUGUUGAGUCGCUAUAAGGAAAUUGUCCCCCACUUACGACUUGCAGGACCAACUUCAUUUGCACCAAUAAUUGAGAUGGCUAUGACCAUCGUGGAGGAGAGUGGUGGCCAAUACCAUGUUUUAUUAAUAAUUGCAGAUGGACAGGUAACUAGAAGUGUUGAUACUGAGCAUGGCAAGCUAAGCCCGCAGGAGCAGAAUACUGUUGAUGCUAUUGUUAAAGCAAGCAAGUUCCCUCUGUCAAUUGUAUUAGUUGGGGUUGGAGAUGGACCUUGGGAUAUGAUGAAGAAAUUUGAUGACAAUAUCCCUUCUAGGGACUUUGACAAUUUUCAAUUUGUGAAUUUUACGGAAAUAAUGUCGAAGAAUGUGGCUCCACCCCGAAAGGAGGCAGAAUUUGCUCUAGCAGCCUUGAUGGAAAUUCCUUCCCAGUACAAGGCAACUAUAGAGCUUAACAUACUGGGUGGUAGGAAGGGCUUUUCUCCCCAACGGGUUCCCCUCCCCGCGCCUCUCUAUGGUGCAGCAUCUUCCAGCAGCUUGAAACCUUCUCAUCCUUCAAGUUUUGAACCCAGUGUCCCUCAUUAUCAUGCAGACAGCAGGCCUGUCAGCUCAGCUCCACCUGCUAGUAGUUCCACCCAUGAUAACCAGCUUUGCCCCAUUUGCCUCAGUAAUUCCAAGGACAUGGCCUUUGGCUGUGGGCAUCAGACGUGUUGCGAAUGUGGAAGAGACCUCCAGUCAUGCCCAAUAUGUCGGAGCCCAAUUCAGACCAGAAUAAAACUCUACUAGCUACAUUCUUUCUCAUUUGGAAUUUUCCAAUUUGUUUGUUCAAAAUUAUUUGUAGUUAGGUUCUUGUGAAUCUUGCAUGGAAGGUGAUUUCAUUAACCCUGUAAUUAUUCGAAUUGGAUUUUAGGUUUACAGUUUAGAACGAUGGAUAUGCUGUUUGUAGGUGUAGUUUGGGCACAUCUGAUCUGUAUUUGCUGCACAUAUGAAACAGCCUCUUGUCAGUUAUUAUUAUAAAUGAUGUUUUGCUGGUGAGACUUGUUAA